UUUUGGCUAUAAAGGGCAAAAGUUGGGGGAAGUCGCGGCCGACUCUUCCGUCUGUUCUUCGGAGUCCUCGCUCGGCGUUUAGGUCUUCGGAGCAAUGACGAAGCGCACCAAGAAGGCCGGAAUUGUUGGCAAAUACGGUACCAGGUAUGGUGCAAGUUUGAGGAAGCAAAUCAAGAAAAUGGAGGUUUCUCAGCAUGCAAAGUACUUCUGUGAGUUCUGCGGAAAGUAUGCUGUGAAGAGAAAAGCAGUUGGGAUUUGGGGCUGUAAGGAUUGCGGCAAGGUCAAGGCAGGCGGUGCUUAUACAUUGAACACUGCUAGUGCUGUCACUGUGAGGAGCACUAUUCGUCGAUUGAGAGAACAAACUGAGAGCUGAUGAUGCAGCUUAAGUUCCAGGACGGGCCUUAUCGUAUAUUAUAUCCGAAAACUUUGAUGAUGUGAUGUAGGCUAAAUGUAGUAGCUUUAAUAUUGUUGUUACUGCCAGGAGCUUCCUUGGCUUUGCAAUUGACGUAAUUUGCAGCUGCAACUACAAUUGCCUUUUUCUUGGAUGAUUAGAAGAGAAGAAUCUGGAAUCAUUUGACUGUUUCUGAUA